AUGAGAGAUAUAUUUGCAUUAUUAGAUAUUCGUAUAUGUACUUUAAGAAGACAAAUUUACUUAUCUCUUUUUGUUUAAUCGAGCUAAUUUAAGAAUUCAGUUCCAUAAUAUUUUCAGCUUUUUUUGUUAAAUUAGCUAGUAAGAAGUAAGGAAAAAUAAUAAAAUUGCAAAUAAUUUGUUGACUAGUCAGACAAAUAAACGGAUAUGGUUAUAAAAUUAAUUUAUUUCUUAUUAUCUUACUUAUUAAUCAAUUGUUAUAAUAGUUGGUAUAUGGUUACUAAAUUUAAUAUUUAUAGAAUGUUUCUUUCUUUCAUGCUCAUAGUAUGUUUUUGCAAACUACUUCAAAUACCUAAUUGA